AUGCCGGCGAUCUUUGAACAACGAUCACUUGCAAAAGAAGAAGAUGCCCGAUGGAGAAAACAACUUACCUCACUUCCUGGGGGAACUGCCCUUAUUCGUCGCAUGGACUCCAAACCAUCCACCAAGCUUCCUCCAAUUGCAUUCUUGUGUCCGGAUAACUCUCGUGAUGCCUCAGCCAGUGCACUGAUCGAACACAAUCAAAUCAGCCGGAUUCCCACUCCAGAUGCUGAGUCGCGGACAUUUGCUUUCAAUUGCUAUUCAUCGUAUGCGACAGCCACAGAUCCAAAUCCUUCCAUGUACACCGUUACUCUGGCAUGCGAGGGCCACAGGUCAACAUGUGGUUGCCCUGACUUCAACAAGAAUGGAGGUGCAUGUAAGCACAUGCGUGCCGCCCUAUUACAGCUGGAUAUUCUUCGGAAGGCCGUCCCCACCGCACCUUAUAUCCAUCUACCUACAUCCGAAGCCGAAGCCCUCCAAAUUCAUAACACGCACCUUGUUGCAACGCCAACCACGGCCCCUACAUACAACCAGUCUCUGGGCUCAAUUGCCACUCGCCCAGUCGCCCGUGCUGCGUUAGCAGUGGAAGAUAUCCUUGGAAGACCAAGUCAAGCAGGCAGCAAGGUUGCCUCUUCGGAAGAGACGGGUGACUUAGCCUGGGUAGAGACAGUGUCGGACGUCGACAGUGAUUGCACAGAGAGUGUGGCGACUGAUGCUGAGGAGGAAGAAGGAGGCGGUCCUUCGGAAUUUGCAGCUCUAGAAGACAUGCCAACCUCUGUGUCGCGUCGUGGUAUCGACCAGCAAACGAUAGCACGAGCACUGCAUGACUUAGAUAGUGUGGCGCCCAAGCUCCGUCAGUUGAGCAUCUUUCUCGAAGAAGUUGGCGCGGGCCCUCACGUACCUAUUGAGCUUUGCGUGAUGGAUCUUGAGCGGGCGAAGAGUGCGAAGGCCGCCUUAGAUGCACUUUCCGCGGAGCUCGGAAGAAUUGGCUCAACGGAAGGAGACGUUCCCGAGACAAACAGCUCAAACAAAGGCGAGGAUCCCAGAGAUGUGCUAACAACCCUGCGAGCAGUACCAGCUACACCCACAAGAAGCUCAUCAAAGCGAGCACGAGAACAUAUCAUUGCUGCUUCGCCCGAGAAGAAGCAGAAGCGCCACGAAUCCUAUUCGUGGCAUUGA